GGGAGGUAAGGCGAAACGAGGAGUCGGAAUUAGCCAAAAGGAAAAGAAAAAAAUAAAAAAGAAAGAAAAAGAAAGAAAAAAAAAGAAAAAAGGAAGAAAAAAAGGAAGAUAAAAAAGAAGAAAAAAAGGAGAAAAUAAAAAGAAUAAAAAGGAAGAAAAGAAAAGAAGAAAAAAAAAGGAAAAACAAAAAAAAGGAAAAAAGGAAGAAAAAAAAAGAAGAAAAAAAAAUCCUCUCCAAUGAAUGGAGGGUGAGAGGGCCGACUCACCGUCGGGGCCCCGUCGGGGAGGUAUUUCUGCCGCGGCCCCGCCGCCGGGGGCCGCCAGGCGCCCAUGCCCCCCCGGAUAAGGUGCACCGUGCGCUGCCGGCGCCCCCGCCGCCGCCGCCUGGCCCUGGCGCUGGCGCUGGGCUGGCGCAUCUUCCGCGGGGUAGCCGCCGCGCUGCGCGGAUGGGGGCCGCCGCGCCUCGCCCUCAGGCUGGUCCUGCGCAGGAGGCGCCGCGGGAGCCCCCGGCACGGGUGAUGAUGCUGGGCAGCCCGCGGGUGGCCGAGCUGCUGCUGCAGCGCGGCGCCGACCCCAACCGCCCCGACCCGCGCACCGGCUGCUUCCCCGCGCACGACGCGGCCCGCGCCGGCUUCCUGGACACGCUGGCGGCGCUGCACCGCGCCGGGGCGCGCCUCGACCUCCCCGACGGCCGCGGCCGCCUCCCCCUCGACGUGGCGGCGGGGGGCCCCCACGGUCCCGUGGGGCGCUUCCUGCGACGGCUCCCGGACGACCCCCAGGAGGGGGACGCCGGGCGCUAACCGCCGAGACCCCGCCGACGGGAGCCGGCCCUCCUGCAGACGGCGAGGGAAAGGGGAUGUGCGCGUGGGUGCGAAAUUCGGCGUUUUGCCCCCCACCGCCCAGUUCGUGUCGUUCGGGCACGUUUGGCUUUGCCGCUUUGCUCGCUGCCCUGCUGGAUCUCUCUCUCCGGCUGCAUGGAUCUCUCUCUCCCGCCCGGUUUCGAGGCAGAGAUCAUUUUAUGCGUAGUCGCACGUCCCCCUUAGGGCUUUGUAGUUCCGCUGCCCCUUCGGGUUUCUUUCUUACAACCCUUCGAAACAGUGAACGCUUUGGCCACCCCGUUUUACAAAUUUAAUUCGUGCUCAAUUCUUCUUCCCCUACCUCCCUGCUCAACUUCAUACCUACUGAAGAUAGAAUCAGGGAGCUACUACGAUAUAUAAAUAUAUAAAUAUAUAUCAAUAUACAAAUUUAUCCAGGGAAAUCUCUCCCUGUGUGAAAUCAAUCGGUAAUCGCUUACAUAAGCCAAUGCAGAUGACCAAUAUGCAUCGUUUUAACAUUUGGAAAUACUCCCUUGGUUCAGAAGUUCUUGGUAACAAGACCCGUGUUUUUAAGACAGCUUGUGGGGUCUCCAGUUGAGAUAUUUGGAAACGAAAAUAAAAGACCGUGCUCCCUUGUAAACCUGAAUCUCUUCCCACACAUUACCUCUGUUUGCAGUGUGUUUCUUUUAUUAUUAUUUCUUAUUGCCGUUGUUGUUUUUCUACAAGAUUUCCAUCCUCUACCCGGUGUUCAUAGUAUUUACGUGUGACGAGUUCCCUGUUAUUUUUCAACGGCAAAAUAUCAAAGAGGUUGCCUUAAUAAAAACAAUCCUUGUGUUCAACUAUUAAAAGCUCCUGUCUACAGCA